AGUCUCUUUGUAAGGCAACACAGUCCACACAGCUAAAUUAAUACAGUGAAGAAGCGAGCUUUUAUUUUCAGAGCGGAGCAGCGAGAAGACGUAACCCCCCUUCCCUUUGUUCCACUGGCAGAUUGCGAGCUCUGCCUCAUCUACUGGGGCUAUUCUCGCUCUUUUUCCCCAUGUCCUCUCCCAGGUGGAGGGCCGGGGAUGGCGGAGGCGCCGUCGAACCGGCUGAGGAAGGCAUGGAGUCACUUCGGCGGCUGGUGAGACGAGUGAAGCCCUUCGAGCACGUCGGCCUUCUAGUUUUCUUUCUCUUAACCGCCCUCCUGUUCGUUUUUCUGCUCUGCUUCGUCCAUUUGGAAUACGGCUGGUGGUGGAGCGGCCGGGAUGGGAGUGGAGCGUGGAGAUCGGUGAAGGUGGUUGCCAACGGGCAGAGAGGGAGGAGCCUCGACGGCCGGGAAUGCGAUUGGUUCGAGGGGGAGUGGGUGUGGGACGAGAGGUACCCGCUGUACGAGUCCAGGGAUUGCGGUUUCAUGGACGUGGGUUUCCGUUGCUCCGAGAACGGCAGGCCCGAUCAGUUCUACACCAAGUGGCGGUGGCAGCCCGCCCGCUGCAAUCUCCUCAGGUUUGAUCCCAAGAAGAUGCUAAAGUGGUUAAGGAACAGAAGGUUGGCGUUUGUUGGUGAUUCCAUUGGGAGGAACCAGUGGGAGUCCCUCCUCUGUAUGCUUUCCAUGGCAGUUUCCAACAAGACCUCGAUUUAUGAAGUUAAUGGCAACCCAAUUACAAAGCAUAUGGGCUUCUUAGUGUUUAAAUUUGAAGAGUACAAUUGCACGGUUGAGUAUUAUAGGGCACCAUUUCUGGUUCUCCAGAGCCGCGCUCCGCCGGGUUUACCAAAGCAAAUUAAGACUACACUCAGAUUAGAUGCCCUCGAUUGGACGUCUUCUCGGUGGAGAGAUGCCGAUGUGCUUGUUUUUAAUACUGGGCACUGGUGGAACUACGAGAAGACUCUCAGAAGUGGUUGCUAUUUCCAAGAAGGGAAUGAUGUAAGGAUGGAAAUUAGUGUCGACGAUGCAUAUCGGAGAUCAAUACAGACAUUGUUUGAAUGGAUUCAUAAAGAAAUUGAUAGGAGCAAGACUCAUGUUAUCUUUCGCACUUAUGCUCCUGUUCAUUUCAGAGGCGGCGACUGGAGAAAUGGAGGGAAUUGCCACUCAGAAACAUUUCCUGAUCUAGUUUCACCUAUGAUCCCAGAAGCAGCAUGGGCACAUUUGUUGGAACCAUUCAAAAACUUUCCAUUGAAAAAUUCAUACCCAACUCAGGAUUUUGAGUUGGAUCUGCUGAAUGUAACUCAGAUGACUGCUCGAAGAAAAGAUGGCCAUCUUUCCGUAUUUUAUUACGGCCCCUCGAGGACUGCCCCUCGCUACAAACAAGAUUGCAGCCAUUGGUGCCUGCCAGGUGUUCCAGACACAUGGAACGAGCUACUCUUUACGCUCAUCCUGAAACGGGAUUCUACACUUGGUCGAAAUACCACUGCUUUCAGCACGGCUGCCUAACUUGGUUGUUAUUCAUCCAGGAAAGGUAAAGCUCUGCCAUUCUGUUUUGUAGGUCCAAACAUGGUUAGAUACUCGCGCCAUCGGCUACAUAACCAACUGGCUUGCAAUACAAAGGGCUUGCUGAUUAACUAACUAGCUAUGACUUCAUCAUUCUACAACCUAUUUUGUAACUGUGAUUGCCGUUCUGAUUGUAAGGCAACAACACUACAUUAUACAGAUGGACAUAAUACAAAUUAGGUUAUAUUCUUAGCAAAAGGGCAAAUUGGAAAGACAUUGAAGUUCCUCUUUGUGACAACACUGCCAGAUGUUGUCGAUGGAUCUACUACGAUCCACAAGCUGUUUCUGAGGCUUCUGAUUUCAUUUAGAAAGAAUAAGGAUGCUGGAUUAGAUGAUGAGGAAGAUAGAUGCACCAGCAUCUCCUUGGAGACAAAUCUCAACAUGGAAACUGAAGCUGAAAGUGAAUGCAUGCCUCAAGAUGAAAAGAGUCUCUGGUGCUGGGGGUGAAAUUUCAGUGUCAUUUUACAGAUGAAACGAGUAAAAUCAUGCAAUCAAAAUUAGAGAUGGAUGAGCCAGUGCCUUUACCUACAACAUCAAAGUAUUUAUUUGUGCUAGUGUUAGCAGAGCAGAAUGUUGGAACUAUAUGACACUAAUCUUCUGAACAAAGUUAACCAGAGAUCUACGAGUUUUGUGUUUUUCUGAUAAGAUCUCAACAUUCGUGUACUUUGUAUCCAUGCUUUAAAGCAUUCCUUUUGUACCAGAUACAUAAAAAACAAGCUCGAGACAUUAGUAGAAUUUCCUAUUCGCAAUCUGUAUUUAACAAA